GAAGUAUCCCCCUAUCAGUUACUGUCGUUAAGUUUUUCACUAGAAGUGUCCUAUCCUUGGUUACUGUCGUUAAGAUACGUUCUUCUAUACUAGUUUCCGUUUACUCCCAAUACUCUCUACAAUAUUUCCGCUGGGAUAUAGGUCCUAGUAUCCUCAGAUUUCUUGAUUAAUUUAUACAUAAGUACAAAUAUCGAAAAAUGGCUACUGUACCUAUUGCUAUGAGGUCAGCAGCAGAGUCAACAGACACACUUACAGAGCUGCUUUGGCAGGAUGCUUUGCGCCACCUUGAAUCUACAAAUAAUGAAGUUCUUUUACCGAUUAACGUUACCAAUAUGAUCGGUCAGCGCAAUGUUGAUAAGAUCAAGACUCGCCUUGGUGCUCUUAUCGGUGCCCCUGUUGUUACUUUCAUUGACGAAACUAUUAAUGCUCUUCGUGUUAUGCGCACGCCUGCUUUCUCAGGCUCUGUCGUGUCUAUCGCAUCUCAUGACGGAAUCUCCAACCUGAAGAGAGAAGUAACCGAAUCCUCUGCUAGAAUGCAUGGGAGACCAGCGUUAUCCGCCAAAUCCGUGAAAGUCCCUCGACCACCAAACGCAUUCAUUCUUUAUCGUCAACAUCAUCAUCCCAGAAUUAAGGAGGCAUAUCCGGAUUUCACAAAUAAUGAGAUAUCAAUCAUGCUAGGGAAACAGUGGAAGGCCGAGUCCGAAGAAGCCAAAGUGCAAUUCCGCAGCAUGGCGGAAGAACUGAAGAGAAAGCACGCGGAAGAUCAUCCCGACUACCACUACACUCCUCGCAAGCCAUCCGAGAAGAAGCGCAGAGCUUCGUCACGCCAGUGCUCUAAGCCAAACAAGAGACAGAAGUCACCGGCUUUGACAAACGACACCUCUGAUACCUCCACGCCCUCGAUGUAUUCUGGCAUACAGCUGGAUAAUACGCCUGUGGACGCAUCCUUGGAUAAUAUAGCUGACAUCGACAUCGUGCUCAGUCCCGAUGAAUUUUCUGGAGAUUAUGGACUACACUUUGACACUGAUGCCUUUGAUAACUUUCUCCAACAAGUGCAGAGCGAUCGUGGCAAGUCAGCCACUACCCUGUACCCACAGCUUACUAUUGCUGAACGGCCUGUGGCAGAGUCUUUCGAAUUCUCAGAUCUCAUUUCUGACUGCUACUAAACAACCAUAUGGCACUUGUAAUUUGGGGAUCAUCUCUUUUUUAUUUUCUUCAUUCUGCUUUGCAUUCGUGCUAUCGUCUCUUGAUGAUAAAUUUCCAUUUUUCUGUACACAUGAUGCAUAUCUUAUACCAACCCUUGCGUUCUGC